AUGACAGACAGCCGUCCGAGCAUACUGAUCAUCGGAGGCCUCGGCUUCAUCGGCCGCUUCCUCGCCCGCUACGUUCACGAGAAGAAGCUCGCCUCCGAGGUCCGGAUAGUCGACAAGCAGCUACCGCAGCUGGCCUGGCUGGCGCCCGAGUUCGAGGAGGCGUGUGCAUCCGAGCGCUUCGUGCAAGGCGACAUGUCGCGGGACCACACGGCCGAGAAGGUGUUUACACGCGCGGACGGGUCCUCAUGGGACUACGUGUUCAACUGCGGCGGCGACAACCGGUUCUCGCAGGACGACGAGAUCUACAAGCAGCGGUCGCUGCAGCUGUCGGUGACGGCGGCGAAGGAGGCGGCCAAGCGCGGCGUCAAGUGCUGGGUCGAGCUGUCGAGCGGCAGCGUCUACAAGAGCGAGCGCGAGCCGCGCAAAGAGUCGGACAAGCUCAAGCCGUGGGGCCGCCUCGCGAAGUACAAGCUCGAGGCUGAGGAGGAGCUCAAGAAGAUUGAGGGCUUGAAUCUCGUGAUAAUGCGGCUGGCGAACGUCUACGGCCCGUACUGCUCCAAGGUGAUCGGCACGAUGCUGUGCAUGGCGCGCGUGUACGCCUACAUGGACGAGGAGAUGAAGUGGCUGUGGAGCAAAGACCUGCGCACGCACACUGUGCACGUGCUCGAUGUUGCGCGCGGGCUGUGGACCGCCGCAGAGUGGUACGCGAACGGGAAGAAGAACUGGUCUGACGACAUGGGAACCACCCCCAUCUUCAAUAUGGUCGAUAGCGGCGAUACCACCCAGGGCGCAAUGCAAGCGCACAUCUCUCAGAUCUUCAGCAUCAAGACGGGCUUCCACGGGACGAUCGUCAGCCAAUUCGCGAAGCUGAACCUAAACAGCGCGGUCGACGAAGAGAACGACGAGCUUCUACAGCCGUGGGGCCAGCUGCUAGCCGAGGCCAAGAUUGCACGCCCCGGCCCGAUCAAUCCCUACCUCGAGCAGGAAAUCGUGCGCGACUCCGACCUCAGCCUCGACGGCGGGAGGUUCUGUAAUGCCACCGGGUUCGUCUACGAGGUUCCUACGGUCACGGAGGAGGCCCUGAGGGAGAUGAUUCAGAGCUAUGAGCGUCUCGGAUGGUGGCCGCCGAUGAAUAUCAAGCGGAAGGAGGAGGCUGAGGAGUAG